AUGGCUCAUGCACCUCACCUGGGUCUCGCAUCUGUCGAGUUCUUCGUCCAAGGAAUCAGGUGCAUUCGUGUGUACUACCGUUCGUCCGAUGAUACUACAAUCAGAGAAUCUUGUUACCAACAAGACAUCGGUUGGUUCGUUCGCGGAGACGGCAUUGUUACCAGGAAGGCGAAGAAAAACUCACCACUUACCGCUCUCCGAGUUUGCUUCCCAGAAGAAAAAAUCAUUAUCAUCGUCGUCUAUCUUGACCCUCUGAAUCAUAUUCAUCAGUGUCUUGCACCUUUGAAACUGGAGGCUCCAUGGGUGGAGACUCUUCUCUUUACCUUCAAGCCUGGCCCGUUAAACAUCUUGCCAGAAUCUCAGCUUGCUCUUGUUAGAAGAGAUAACGAAGAGGAAUUUGUCUUGUUCUAUCAGGGUGAGGGAGAUGAUCAAACGAACUUCCCCCUGUGUGGGGUCAAGUGGAUCUAUAGCGGUGCUGGGGAGACAGCGUUCAUUUUCGGACGGGUCGCAUCAGACGCAGCUGUUGGAACUAGAAUGUCGGCAUUCGUGGAUAAUUUUACGAAUAACGUGGCCUUGUAUUACCAGUGUACAGAUGGUAGCCUUCAAGAGCUACUGUCGGAGGGUUCAAGCCACUGGACUGAAUCGCACCCCAUUCAGGAACAGUAUAAGCUCAUAGCUAACGCACCUAUCACUGCUAUUCUCCGAAAAACGCGUCCGUCACAUUAUCAGAUAGACAUCUUUACCGUCAUCACAGAUAACAGAGACGCAAUCUCUCAGUUCACAUACAAGCAUCCGAAGUGGAUGCAUCCCAUCAGCACAUUCAUUUCCUGUCAAGACCGUUCAGAUAUUACAUCGUGCCAAAAUGUUGGACCGAAUACAACAUCUCACAGCCCGGUAUGCCUGUUCUACGAAACAGAAAAUGGAAGCAUAAACAUGACGCCCAUACCUGCAGACACGAGUGCAGCCUCACGCGCGAUGGCUGUAGACAUUCCACUCCCUACUGGGAUUCCCAUAUCAAUCGACGGACCGGUGCAAUUGCGGGAUACUGCUACGACUCCAAAGUCAUCUGACACAAGUUACCACAAUAACAGCACAACUUCAGAUACAGAAAACACAGACAACCUGCUAGGCCAUGCCCCCGUUGAAGUGAGGCGAGUAGAUAGUGCAAAAGAGAAGUCUAAAGCUGCGUCAUCCAAAGCAACAACUUCCCGCGAACAACCAGCUUCUAUAACUCGUUCAAACAGUCUACGUCGAAGACAGAGCAUGCAAAUCCUUGAGCUUGAACGUAAAAUUGACGAACUUGUUGUGGAGAAUCGCCUGCUUUUGGAGGAAAGAGUGCAAUCUGAAAAAAGCCUGUCCUUUUCGUCUGUUUCAGCUAAAGACAGUAGUCGGCCUCGAGAGGCUCUGCAACAACUUGAAAUCGACUUUCCUGGAUUCUCACGGGCCAGUAGUGAUUCACUGGCCGGGGGGUUUGGGCUCACGAGCCGUCAUGCUAAAGGACUUGAUACACAGAGACUUCAGAAUAACCCGGGAGAGGCAAAGUUCGGCAAGAUUAAAGCUCCCCAGUCAUCGUCCACAGUGAAGGCGCAGAUCAUAUGGAGGGCUCUUUAUCUAGUGGCUGUUAAGGAUAUCCGAAUUUUGGAAUAUUCUAAAUGUGGAUCUAUGUUGAUGACGAUCGACACGAAUAGCAGAUAUAUCAAAAUCUGGGACGUCGCCUUGCUUAUGGCGGCCAGCAACUCAAGCGACCGCGAAAGCGCAUUGAUCUGUUCAUGCGAAGCUUCGAUGGAAGUUGUUGCGGCCGAGUUUUCGUUUGAUAACGAAAGUUUGUGGAUUGUCCUGGAAAAGGGAGGCCAGCCCUAUCUCAGAUCAUGGCGAUUCAAAACAGAUCGUUCAUUUACGAUGAUUCCCAAUAUUAUCCUCGGCGGUCAACUUCUUGCUACGAAUUGUAACGGUCAGUUCCUCGCUCUGUCAAUGGAAUUAGGACUAGCAAUUUUCGAUUUUGAUACCGUCGACAUGAUUGAAUACGAACAACGACUUACCAGUGCAGUGUUCUCGCCCACUAAUAGCCAUAUCAUUGCUGCUGGAUAUGCCGGGGGCACUGUAAUUAUCUACAAUUGCGGUGAACAAGUAAGCAAGUUUCGAGUAGGCAAGACUCGGUUUCCAGUCAUCACUAUGGCAUUCUCGCCAAACGGGGAAAUGCUUGUUGUCAAGGCACAGUUUGAGGAGCUCGGGAUCUGGAAGUGGUCGACGGGAGAAUGCUUAGCUAGCGUCUUUCCUGCCCCUGGUUUGCGAAGGAGAGCCUGUCCCUUUGUCAAGUUCACGAUUGAUGGCCGAUUUAUCGUCGCAUCAUUUUCCGAUGUUCGGAAGGGUAAUGUUCUUGUUUUUGACCUGGACCUGGACACGGUAGCUGAUUUCCCAACUGGUGAACAUUGCAAUAUGGAUUUUUCACCGGAUGGUAAAUGGCUGGCGAUGGUAUCCGAAGAUUACAAGCUUGAAAUUCGAGAGUUGUCCGACAAGUGA